AUGCAAUAUCAAAAGAUUGGACAUACAGAUAUUGAAAUAUCUCGUGUAAUUCUUGGCUGUGGAAAUUUCGGUGGUAUUGGUUCUGCUCCAUUAUUUUUUAAUCAAGGAGAAAAUGAAGAACAAGCAUAUGAAAUUCUUGAUGCUGCAGUUCGCCUUGGUAUAACAACAUUUGAUACGGCUGAUGCUUAUGGAGGUGGAAGAAGUGAAUUAUAUAUAGGAAACUAG